UAAAGGAUCGUUUCGAGGGAAAACGCUCCAGCCUACUUGGUGCAAGCAACUGAUGCACGUUCUGGCCACCUGCCAGUUUGGAACAUGGAUUCUGCCUACCUGAAGGAGUGCUUUGGAAACAGCCUGACCCAGGCACUGGCAGAGGUGGCAAGAGUUCGGCCCAAUGACCCAAUAGAAUACCUGGCAUACUGGCUUUACCAUUACAGAGAUGUAACUAAAGCUAAAGAAAAGAAAAGGCAAGAGGAGCUACAGCUUAAGGAGGAGCAUGACAGAAGUCUCGAGGAAGCAAAAAUGACGGAAGAGCUGAAAAAAGAGCAAUAUCAGAUUCAACAGAUGUGUGAAAAGUGUCACCAGGAACUUCCCCCCAAAGCUAUUUCCUCAUUCAAGGCCCCCGACCUGCAGGAAGACACAGCACCCCUUGAGGAGGAGACUAUGAGACAGGGAUCUCAACCAGGUGUCUCCGGUGUGAUUGUGAAAAUGCCUCAACGGGCUCUUCCCUCCUGAAAAAAAAAAAAAAAAAAAAUGGCCUGCAAGAGGAGCCCUCACUGCAGCUCAGAUUUCUGAGACUGGGAAGGAUGUCUAAAGAUGCUCUCUUCUGCCAUAAAUACCUUUCAUCGUAUGAAGUUUGAAUCAGCGAUUGGAACAAGAAUUAAAUACAAUAGCAUCAAAUUGAUGAGGCUCUUUCCUCCCAACAUUACCUAGUGAAAACACACUACCCUCUUGCGCUCAUCUUAACUCAAGCUGUGCUUUGCAGUCAGGGUUCUGGUAAUCCUUACAUAUGUCCUAGAGGCUGCCCGAGGCAUUAAUAAUGGCUGUUUUCUUCACUCUUAUGUCACCACUUCAGAAAAUGUUUCCAUUUUUUUUAUUGUGAUAAAGCACAUGACAUAAAAUUUAAUUUAGUGACCUUAACACAUUCAUAUUGUACAAUUAUUCCAACCGCCCAGCAUCCAAACUCUUCCUUUACCUUGUAAGACUGAAACUCUGCCCCAUUAAAUAAUAACUAUUUCCCAUCCCCCAAGCCCUAGAAUCCAUCAUUCUAUGUUGUCUGGGUUGUUUU